AAUAAGGAAGGAAAAGCAGCGGGAGAAAAGAAGCGAUGGUGAGCUUGUGACGCGUCUCCUGUUUGUUGGCUAAAAGCUGCGUUUGUUUACCAUUUUUGUUAUUCGGGCUGUUACAUUAAAUGGAGUUGAUUUAAAUCAGUCAUGGCUGAGGAAUCAGGAGAGGAAAUCCAGCUACUCAGAAGUCAGAAGCCAAAGCUUAUAGAAAUCCUAAGUGCCGAUCCUGACUUUGUACUCCAGCAUGCAGAUGCUCGCCGUCUGCUGUCUCUUCACGCCUACCAGCAGGUGAAAUCUUGCUGUGCUCCUAGUGAAAAAGUGACAGAGCUUUUGGAUCACGUCAUACAGAGAGGUCCCAAAGCAGCAAAAGAACUACUGGAGCUUUUCAAGGAUAACACCUUGCAAGAAACCUUCCCAAGGCUUGACUUUAUUAACAAACUGAAAAUCAACACACAGUCCUUGGGGGGAAAAGAAACCUCAGAAAAAAGAAAACAAGCACCUGAGAUACCAGAUGUCAUUCCAAACAAAAAGAUCUGCAACAAUGGCUCUGGCAUGGUGAGUGAGAAACAGCUGAUGUCUGUGGCCCGUACCAUCGGCAAAUCUUGGAGGGCGAUUGGCAGAGAAGCUCUGGAAAUCUCAUCUGUAAAACUGGAGCAAAUCGAAGAGGACCAUAAUCUCCAUGUGGAGCGAGUCUUUGCCAUGCUGCGUCACUGGUGUAACUCACAGAGGGAAAAAGCCACACCCGCUCAACUGCAUUCACUUCUCAGUCAGGGAGAGUGGAUGUUGCCACCUGAAAGCAUCGACUUCCUGUUGAAGACUGACUGAUU